UUGUUUAGACAAUCUUUUGUUACGAUUUUUCCUGUAGAUCUACUUCAUGUGAUUAUCAUGCGAUUGAUUUUAUAUCAUAGUAAUUGUUUGUUACAUAAAUUCAACUUGUCAUAUUUUUAGGGUUAAUGUAGCUUCAUGAUUCCAGUUUUUGGUAUAACUUCUUAGUUACAAUGUGUGCAUUGCGUAUAUUUUAACAUGCCAUUGUUCAUUUGUUGUUGUUUGUUUCAUCAAAUCAAAUCAAUUUUUUGAAGUUGUGUGACUGAAAAUAUGGAAUGAAUAAAACCCAGCAGCUGGCCGAGCUAUUGGCUUAAGUAAUGCCAUUUAGUAAGUUAUACAGCUGCUUAUAUUAAUUAUUGUUAUUAAUUUGGGGCAGAAAUAACCAGCUCUUGCUUGUCAUAGUUUCAACAAGACAAGAUUGAUGGUGCUCUACAUUUAUGUUGUUUUCGUAGUCUUUUUAGUUUUAAUGAUUGUUGAAUAUGUUCCAAGUGCCAGGCCCAACUCCAGAAGUUAGGAGUGGCGAUGAAUUUUCGAUUUGCUGGUUUGAUGUGUUUUCCGGGUAUGGUAAUUAGUGAAAUAGGGCACAGAUUGCCACCAUCAUUCACCUGCCUCCUCAUCCACUGUCUCUUCGCCAAGAUGGGAAGGAGCAAACCAGAGAUGAAGAUUAAGAAACGCAGUCAAAAAAGUGGUCUCUCCGCAGUGAUCGGAAAGAGCAAUCCAGAAAUGAAGAUAAAAAAACGCAGUCGGGAGCUAGUCGAAAAUAGUGAAAGUGCAAGGGAUGCAUGUUUUUCUGAUAAUGAUGACAAGCAAUCUAUCGUCAAGAAGAAUGAGGGUGAUGUAGCUGGAGAAGAUAGGAAAGCUUACAAGUCAAAAAAAGCUCGUAAAAACAAAAGCAGAGACAAUCCUUUACCAGGUGAACUUAGCAUAGUGGUAAAUAAUAAAGACAAGUCAAAGAAAGCCCGUAAAAACACAACCAGAGACGAUUCUUUACCAAGUGAAUUAAACACAGUAGUGAAUGAUAAAGAGGUUUCAUUGAAAGGAGAUGGAGGAAAGCCAAAGAAGAAGAAGAAGGAUGGCCUUUCAACAAGUAAGAAAGGCAAGUCAGUGAAGGAGGUGCAAGAAGCCAAGUCAAAGAAAGCUCGUAAAAACUUAAGCAGAGACGAUCCUGUACCAAGUGAAGUAAGCACAGUAGUGAAUGAUAAAGAGGUUUCAUUGAAAGGAGAUGGAGGAAAGCCAAAGAAGAAGAAGGAUGGCCUUUCAACAAAUAAAAGUAGCAAGUCAGUGAAGGAGGUGCAAGAAGAUGCAAUGCUUAAUGUAUAUCAAAUCUCUUCAGGAGAGGAAGAUGGCUCCAAAGGGAUGAGAAAGUGGAUUAAGGAAUACCAUGAGAGGAGACCUGGACUGAAGAUACUGCAAGAACGGAUUGAUGAGUUCAUAACUGCCUAUGAUGAGCAGGAGGAGCAGGCAAAGAGAGAGAGAGAAACCAAGCUUGCUGAGGAGGGAUGGACAGUGGUUGUACAUCGAAAGGGUGGGAAAAGGACGACUGAUCCUGAAAGUGGUGUUGCUGUAGGAUCUGUAGCGGAGGCUGCUGUGCGCGACAAAUUGGCUAACAAAAAGAACAAGGAUGUUGGGCUAGAUUUCUACCGAUUCCAGAGGAAAGAAGCCCACAGGAGUGAGCUUAUGAAGCUGCAAAGUAAAUUCAAGGAGGACAAGAAGCGAAUACAACAAUUUCGUGCUGCUAGGAAGUUUAGACCUUACUGAUUGUUUUCUUUCAUUCACCAAGUGACAACAUAAGUCGUCUUUUUUUGAAACUUUUAGAGAACUGAUUUCUAGAGUCGAAGCCAUGAAGAGCUAUAAACUUCAUCCUAUGUUACUCAGACAUGGGUAUGAAUGUUCGGCGAAGGUACAUAUCCAAGUGUCAGACAUGGGAGACAAUGUUUUUAAUUGGACGUCCAUUCGAAUAUGUAAUAUUCAUGAAAUGUAAUCCUAGUCUACUACAUGCUGUUGUAUACAAAUGCCAUCACUCCAGGUUGACUUGUGUUCAUUCUCUUAUUCAUUUCUUGUUUACCCCUCUAUUCUACAAUUUUUUUCUCUAUAAAUAUGCGAUCUGUAAGGUUUUAUACCUUGUC